AUGAAUCAUAAUAAAAUUAAUUCUCAUAUAUCUGUAAAAGAUGAUAAAAUGAAAAACCCUGAAAAUCAUAAUAAAUAUGGGAUAUAUAAAUGUAACAAUGAACAAACUUAUAAAACAUAUGAUGAUAAAGAUACUCCUAAUUAUAUAAAUAAUUUUUAUGAUUGUUUAGAUACUUUCUGUGAUAAUGUAGGAGGUAAAAAUGAGUUUGAAAAAAACAAAGUCAUAAUGAAAAGUGGUAUUACAAAUGUACAUAAAAAUUAUGAUAACACAUUUAAUAAAAAUAGGAAUAGUGUAAUAUCCACAAAUAAUAGAAAUAGUGCAUAUAGAAAUGAAACAACCAAUAAACAUUAUAUAUCAAACAGUGUUCCUAAAUAUUUUAAUAAUAACUUAUUAAUUGAUGAAAAUAUGUUUAAAACUCAAGAUAAAGAUAACAAUGAACAUAUUAGAAAUAUUCGGAAUAUAUCUUAUAGUGAAAUAAAAUAUCCAAAUUAUAAUUACUCAAGAAGAGAUACAGAACCAAAAUAUCGUAUGUCCAAUGAAAGGAUAUAUUCAUAUAAUAACGAUAAUUACAUUAAUCCUCAUUUAAAAGAUAAUUAUUGUAAUAUAAGUAAUUCUCCCUCUAAUCAUAGAGGUGAUAUGCAUUUACAAAUAAGAGGUGAAAAUUGUAGAUAUGUUGAAAAGUUUUAUACAAAUACAAGUUAUCAAAUAAAAAAUGGCAAAGAAAAGGAUGCAUAUAAUAAUAAUUACAAUAAUAAUAACAACAACAACAACAAUAAUAAUAAUAAUAAUGUUGGUUAUUAUAAUUAUCAUGUUUAUAACAAGGGUCUUAAUUUUUAUGAAGAAUCCAUAAAUAAUAAUAACCAGUUAAAACAGUAUAGUAAUAUACAUUCCUUAAAAAGUAUAGAUGGUGAUCAUUAUUCCCAUCUGAAAUGCACUUCAAAAAGUUUUAAUGAUAAUAGAAAUAUGAACAAUUAUCAAGAUCAAAAUAAACAUCAUAAUAAUUCUUAUGAUGCUACAAGAAUGGAAGGUAGUGAAAAGCAGUAUCAUCUGUAUCAAAAGGAAAAUAUAAUUCCUUUUAUAGAAAAUAAACAUAUUAUAAAUGAUCCAAUUAUUAAAAUACAUGAAAAAGAUAUAAGAAAUUAUCAAAAUAUAGAAUAUCUUGAAAAUAAUGAACAUAUUAGAAGUAGACAUAAAGGGAGAAGUAUUCCUGGUGAAAAUAUGAGGUUCGAAUUUGAUAAGAUAAUAGAAAAAAAGAUUAACAUUUCAUAUACUCAUCAUGAAUAUGUUGUAACAAAUAAAAAUAAACCUAUUGAAUACAACAAAGAUGAUUUCUAUUUUUGUAAAGAUAAAGAAGAUAGUGAAAAUAUAAUGAAAUGUGAUAUAAAAAUAAUGAAGGAAGGGGAUGUUACACAUAAUAUAAAUCAUACUUCAAUGAAUCCUGAACAAAAAAAAACAUUCAUUAGACUUCAGAAUGAUAAUAAUUUAUAUAAUGAAUAUGAUAAUUAUGAUAAUGAUAUGAACAUGUUCAUAAAUAAAAUUUAUAAAAAUAAUAUGUACCAUAAUGAAAGGAGGCAUAGAUUUAGUGAAUAUCAAAUUUAUAAGAAUUCGAACGUAAUGUAUUUAAAUAAAAGUGAUAAUAAACAAAAGCUAAUGGAAAAUAUAAAUUGUAAUUAUGAAAAUUUUAAUUCAAAAAAUAAUGCAAGUUUAUUACCUGUUCAGGAAAAUAGAAAAUAUGAUAAUGAAUUUUAUAUGAACAGUCAGAAAUAUAUGAAAAAUAUUCUAAAGGAACCUGCACAGUCAGAAGGUUCAUUUUGUUCUUACCAGAAAGAUUAUCAAAAUUAUAAUAAUGGAAAUAAAGCUAGUUCAAUUAAAGAAUUAGAUAUUAACAUGAAACAAAUAUGUAAAGAUGAUUAUGAUGUAAAUGAAAAAAAAAAAAAAAAUCAAGAAAGGAAAGAAUGUAAUGUUAAUUAUUUUCCAUAUAAAACAAGUGCAUAUGAAGAUAAAACAAAUAAUACCACAAUGAAUAUGUUAAAAAAAGCAAGAACAUAUAGUCACACAUCUUCAAAUCAUUUUUUAAAUAAUUCUUAUGUAAAUAAGAAUAUACAAACUACUUUUCAAGAUUAUAAACAAAAUGUUGAUCAUAAUUCAUGUGGAUAUAUUGUGCAAAAUGUGGAAGACGAUUAUAUGAGCAAGUUAAAUAAUUUGUCACCAAGGAAAGAAAAAAUGAAUAUGGAACAUUUAAAAAAAAAAAAGGAGCAACAUAAUCGUAUGCUUUCUUCAGAAAAAAAUUGUUGUUUUAUAGAUAAUAAUAAUGAAACAAAUUAUAAUAGAGUAUCGCUUUUAAAAAAUAUUGAUAAAGAAAAAGAAAUAGAUAAUGAUAUUUCGAAGAAUUUAAUACAAGACAGAAAUAAUAAUUCUUCUUUGGAAUAUCAUAAUUUGAAACAAAAUGGAAACGAUAGGAUUCCAAAAGGGAAAGAUAAUAUAUGUGAUAUUUCAGAUAUUUAUAAUAAAAAUAUAUAUAAAAAUGAAAAUGAAUUUGACGAAUUUGUAGAAAUUUAUGAUAAUAUUAAUAAAGACAUUCAUAAAUCGAAGGAGAAUAAAAAUUUUGAUAUGUAUGAUACAAAUAAUAAGCAUAUAAAAAAUGAAGAAGAUGAAUUUUUAGAAAUUUAUCAUAAUACAAAAGGUAUGGAAAAUAUGGAGAUGGAUGAAUUUUUAGAAAUCACAAAUAAGAGUAAGAAAACAAAAGAAAGUAAUUCUCACGUUGAUGAAUUUGUAGAAAUCAUAAAUAAGAAUAAGAACAUAAAUGAAAAUAGUUCUCACGUUGAUGAAUUUAUAGAAAUCAUAAAUAAGAAUAAAAACAUAAAUGAAAAUAAUUCUCACGUUGAUGAAUUUGUAGAAAUCACAAAUAAGAGUAAGAACAUAAAUGAAAAUAAUUCUCACGUUGAUGAAUUUAUAGAAAUCACAAAUAAGAGUAAGAAAACAAAAGAAAGUAAUUCUCACAUUGAUGAAUUCUUAGAAAUCACAAAUAAGAAUAAGAAUAUAAAUCAAAAUGAUGCUCAUGUUGAUGAAUUUUUUGAAAUUAUUGAAAGCACACAAAAGAUGAAAAAUAAAGAAAUCGAAUUAGAUGAAUUUUUUGAAAUUAUUGAAAGCACACAAAAUAUGAACAAUAAUGAAAUCGAGUUAGAUGAAUUUUUUGAAAUUGUUGAUAAAACGAAAAAUGUAAAUAAUAAUAAAGAUGUACCAGUAUAUAUAAAUUUAGAGAAACACACUAAAGAUGAUAAUAUAAAUAAAAAUAGUUUUAUGAACAAUAUACCCAUUGAAAAUGUUUUAGAAAAGGAAUCCAAUAUAAAUAUCAAUUUUGUAAGAGAAGAAGAAAAAGAUACAAUAAAAUCAUUUUCUAGGAAUUAUACUUAUAAUACCAAUGCUUUUUCGAAUGAAGAAAAUGAUAUAAAUUUAUUACACUUUUAUGAUGCAUAUGAAACAACAAAAGGAGAUAACAAACAACAUAAAUCAUUUAUGUAUGCGUCAGGAAAAGAAGUUAUUAUAAAUAAAGAUAUAUUAAAAGAAAUGAAAGAAAAGUUAUUCGAAGACGAUAAGGAUACUAAUUAUUCAUCUGAUGAAAAUAAUAAAGGAGAUAAUAAAUACAAUAAAGAAUUAACUGAAAAAAUUGUAGAAAAGGAUAUCAACUUAUAUAUGGAUCAUAUAAAUGAGGAAAAAGAUAUAUUAAAACCAUUUCCUAGAAAUUUCACAUGUAAUACAAAUGUAUCUUCAAAUGAGGAAGCUAUAAUAAAUUUAUCUGAGUUAUGUGAUAUUAAAGAAAAGGUAAAGAUAGCAAAUGAACAGAACAGAUCUUUUACGUAUGCAUCUGGAAAGGCUAUUCAUAUAAAUCAAGAUAAAUUGAAAGAGAUGCAUGAAAAAUUGUUUAAUGAUGAUGUUUAUUCAGAUAAUAAUAAUAAUAAUAAUUCAUAUGGAAAAUAUGUGAAGAAGAACAACAAAGAAUUGAAUACACCUUUUAUAUACACAUCAGGGAAAGAUGUUAAUAUAAAUAAGGACAUAAAAACAGACAUGGAAGAAAAAAUAUUUGAUGAUGAUACUAAUGAUUCAUAUGAAGAAAAUAUGAACAUUGAUAAUAAAGAAUUAAAUACUUCUUUCACAUAUGCGUCAGGAAAGGCGAUUAAUAUAAACAAGGACAAACUAAAGGAAAUGAAACAGAAACUGUUUGACGAUGAUGAUGGUUAUAAUAAUUCAUGUGAAGAAUAUAAAAACGAAAAAAAUAAUAACUCAUUAUAUACAUCUUUUACAUAUGCAUCAGGAAAGGAGGUUAAUAUAAAUAAAGAUAAAUUAAAAGAGAUGAAACAGAAAUUGUUUGACGAGGAUGAUUAUAAUAAUAAUUCAUGUGAAGAAUAUAAAAACGAAAAAAAUAAUAACUCAUUAUAUACAUCUUUUACAUAUGCAUCAGGAAAGGAAGUUAAUAUAAAUAAAGAUAAAUUAAAAGAGAUGAAACAGAAACUGUUUGACGAGGAUGAUGGUUAUAAUAAUUAUGCCAAUGAACAAAAUAAGAAUGAUCAUAAUGAACAAAUAAAUACAUCAUUCACGUACGCAUCAGGAAAGGAAGUUAAUAUAAAUAAAGAUAAAUUAAAAGAGAUGAGACACAAAUUGUUUGAUGACGAUGAUUAUAAUAAUAAUUCAUAUGAAGAAUAUAAAAACGAAAAAAAUAAUAACUCAUUAUAUACAUCUUUUACAUAUGCAUCAGGAAAGGAGGCUAAUAUAAAUAAAGAUAAAUUAAAAGAGAUGAAACAGAAACUGUUUGACGAGGAUGAUGGUUAUAAUAAUUAUGCCAAUGAACAAAAUAAGAAUGAUCAUAAUGAACAAAUAAAUACAUCAUUCACGUACGCAUCAGGAAAGGAAGUUAAUAUAAAUAAAGAUAAAUUAAAAGAGAUGAGACACAAAUUGUUUGAUGACGAUGAUUAUAAUAAUAAUUCAUAUGAAGAAUAUAAAAACGAAAAAAAUAAUAACUCAUUAUAUACAUCUUUUACAUAUGCAUCAGGAAAGGAGGCUAAUAUAAAUAAAGAUAAAUUAAAAGAGAUGAGACACAAAUUGUUUGACGAGGAUGAUGAUUAUAAUAAUUAUGCGAAUGAACAAAAGAUAAGAUCAUCAAAAAAAAAUAUAUUAUAUGCUUCACAUGAUUCCGAGAAAAGUAGAAAAGUAAUAGAAGAUAAAAUAUUAAUAGAAAACGAAAGGGAACAUAUUGAUGAUAAUAAAAAAGGUCAUGAAAAAAAUAUAGAACAAAAAUGUGUAGGAAGUUUAUCAUGUGAGGAUAUUAAAAAAGGUUCAGAAGAUGGGGAUAUGAAAAAAUCGAAAGAACAAGAAUUAUACGAAUUAGACAAAUAUGAUGAUUAUAUAAAUAAAAAAGAAGAAUUAAAUAAAGAUGAUAAAAAUUUUAGAUUGUUAGAUAAGUCUACUUUACAGAUGAAUAAAAAGAGAAAGAUAAAAUUUGAUAAUAUUUCAAAAUCUAAAAGGGACUUUAUAAAUCCAAGGCAAAGGAAACAAAUAAAGAUAUUGGAAGAAGAAAAGAAUAUGAAUAUUUAUAAUAAAAAUAAUAAUACAAAUAAUAACAAUAAAAGUAAGAAAUUAAACUUGAAUAUUAAUGUAAGAAAUUAUUUAAAGUUAAUAAAAGAGAAUCUUUUAAAUAUAUCAAUAAAAAAAAAGAUAAAAGAUUGUAAGUUGACAAAUACAUUAAUAUAUAUAAAUGAAAAUAAGACUCCUUUUCAUUUUCAUUGGUUCAAGGACGAUUACUUAUAUUUUUAUAAGAAUAAAGAAACUGAGGAAUAUUAUAUAUGCGAUAUAAAUAUAUUUUAUGAAUUAUUCAUAUUGACAUUGAAAGAAAUGAAUUUAUUUGAUAUAUAUGAUUUUAAUUGGUUUUACAAAAAAUAUAAGUUGAUUAGUACAUCUAUGAAUCGUACAUAUAGAAAGAAUUUAAAGGAGAAUUAUAAAAGUAUAAAGAAGGAGAUUAUUAAUAAAAUUGUAAGGAAUAAUCAUUGUUAUAAAGAAGCUCAUAAAGGUAUACAUAAUGAUUUGCAUAAUAAUUUGCAUAAUAAUUGGCAUAAUAAUUUGCAUAAUAAUUUGCAUAAUAAUUUGCAUAAAAAUUUGGUACCAAAAGGAUUUAACGAAAGAAUAUAUUUGAAUAGUGAAGAAGAAAGAAAAAAUGAUGAUAACCCAUGUAAAGAGUCUAAUAAUUAUGGAAUAGAAAAUGAUGAAUUUAUAGAUAUAAAAAAUUUAGAUAAGAUAAAAUUGAAUGGAGAAAAUGAUUUUAUGGAUAAUCUAAAUAAAAUGGAAUAUAAAGAAUUAAAAAAAAAGAAUUAUAUGAAAAUGAUAAUUAAAAGUAUUGAUGAAACAGAAUCACCUUGUCCAUUGAAAUUUAUGUAUAAAUUAUUAAAAAGAUAUUUAGAAGAAAAGAAUAAGAAAAAGAGUAUUUUACAAUUACUAAAGGAUAGAUCAGUAUCUUCUAAAAUAUCUAUGAAUUUAAGAGUUGAAGAAAUUAUAAUAGAAGAAAAAAAAAAAAUAAUAAAAAAUAAUAAUAACAAUAAUGAACAUAAUAAUAGUUUUAAUGAUGAUAUAUAUGAUGGUGAUAUCUAUAAUUAUGAUAACCAUAACAUUGUCUUAAUUUUAAGUGACAAUUUUGAUUAUAUACAUUGUUAUGUAAAAGAUUCAUAUUUAAAAAAUUUUAUAAUAUCUGAAAAAAUAAGAAAGGGGAAUAUUCUAAAAAUUAAUGCUUUAGAUAUAUAUAACAAUAAUAUGGAAGAAGGAAAAGAAAAUCAUGGUAUAAAUAAAAUAUAUUUUCUUUUAUCUAGUAAUGAUUUAAUUGAAAUAGAUAAAAAGGAUAAACUAAAAAUUGGGUUCACAAAAUAUAAAGCUAAAAAGAUACGAUGUAUCCAAGAUUUUGGUAGUACUUGUUUUUUUAUAGAUGCUAUAAUGAUAAGUAAAAGUGAUUUUUCUUAUGGAUUUUAUGAUCAAGUAAAAAAAAAAUAUUAUCUUUUAAAUAGAAAUAUUUAUGAAAAACUCAUAUAUAAUUUAAAGAAUGAAAUAACUAAAAUGUUUCAUGAGGAAAAUUUUAAAGAAAAUAGUGAAUAUAUUAGAUUGAAAAAUGAAUUAACCAUGCUUCUUGAGGCAACACCUUUUUGCACAAUACAAGCUAUUGAUUAUUCUUCCUUAGAAGGGAUAAAGGAUACGGAUUCUUAUGAGGAUAAAAUAGGAUAUUUGAUCAAUUCGUUAUGUCAAAUAAAAAUGUUCAAGAUUGACGAGGGAACCUAUGAAAGUCUAAGGAAAGGAAGCCGAAUACAAUUAUUCAAUGUUUUCGUUCAAAAAUCAAAUAAUAAUAAUAAAUUUAAUCAAUUUUUGGAUGACCAUGUUUUAGAUGAUUUUCUUUUUAGUACAUUCAAUGGGAAGAUAAAUGGGGAUGAUAUAAAAAGAGCUUUAAAUUAUGAUAUGUUUGAAUCUCGUUUUUUAAAAGAUAUUACAAAAAGAAAUAAUGAUGAUAUUAUAUAUGAUAAAAAAUAUAUAGAAUGUAUACAUACAUCUGUUUUAAAAAAGAAACAUUAUACACCUAUAGUAUUUCAAGCUCUUCAUUCAACAUAUAUAAAUAUAGAUGACAGAUAUAAAAGUAAGUUAUUUGAACAGCUAGAAGAUGUUUUGAAAUUACAAAAUUAUAUGCAAUUAAAAACAGAUGAUAGUAUAGUAACAAAAGAAACAAAAGAAAUGAAGAAAAAAGUAUAUCCAUCAUUUAUAUAUACUAAUAUAUAUAAAAUACCAGUAUUAUCAAGUGUACAUUUUCAUAUAUUCAAAAAUUAUAUCAAAGAAAAUAAUAGUGAAAGCAAAAUAUAUUUUGAUUUAAUACAAGGAAAUUUAUAUUAUAUAUCUGGUGUUGUUAUACAUUAUACAGAUGUUGAAAUUAAGGAUAUUAUUGAUUUCAAAUAUGCACAAGAGAAGAAAAAACUUUUAAACUAUAAAAUAUUUUUGUUGACUUCUAAUGAACAUUUGUGUUGCGUAAAUGUAUCCAUGACAUGUCCAGAUUUUUUAAUAUCCUCAUGUAAAAAGGAUUAUGAAAACAAGGAAAGGGAAAUAUUGAAAAAAAUGAUACAUGUGUAUUGUGUAGAGAAAAAAAAAAAUAAUGAGGUUGAAAUAAAUAAUUCAAAUAAAAAAAGAAAUGAAACAAAUACUUAUAAGAGCAAUAAUGUUCAUAAGAAUCAUAAGGAUUUAUUUAAUUAUUUAUAUAAAACAGAGAAUACUAAUUAUGAAGAAGGUUCCUCCUCUAAAUAUGAUAUAAAUUUCAAAAAUUUUGAUAUGGUUUUAUUUUUUAAAGAUAUUGAGUUUAUAAAUUAUGAUGACAAAAAUGACAUUUUUAACUUUAGGUCAUACACUCAUCCGCAUUUUGACAGCUUAAAAAUGUAUUCAAAUGAAUUUAUUAAAAUGAAAGGGAACAUGGAAGAUUUAAUAAAACUAAAUUAUUUGACUUUUGAAAAAAAUAAAAUUGUAAUUAAACUAGAAGAUCGUUGUAAAAUAAAAGUGGAUAAAAAUAAUAUAUCGUCUAUGCAUUUUUUAUAUUUGUUAAUUUAUUCGAAAUGUAAAUCUAUUGAAUUAACUGGAGUCUGUGUAGAAAAUAAUUAUUUAUCCAUAUUUUUAAAAAACAUAUGGAACAUAUUUGUUCCAUAA